AUGAAUCUUAAGAUUGAGGCUCUGGAACAAAAUCACACUUGGGCAGUAGUUGAUUUACCUGCAGGCAAGGUCCCUAUAUGGUGUAAGUGGGUGUAUAAAAUCAAGUAUAAUGCACAUGGUACAGUAGGAAGAUUUAAGGCUAGAUUAGUUGCCAAAGGCUAUACACAACAAGAAAAUCUAGAUUUUCAUGACACUUUUUCUCCUGUUGCUAAACUCACUACUGUCAUAGCAGUUGUUGAUACUGCAACUCUUAAACACUGGCCAGUUUAUCAGAUGGAUGUCCAUAAUGCCUUUCUCAAUGGGGAUCUUUAA